AUGCCUACAACGAUACGAAGCAGAAGCUCGGCAAACAGCACUUCCAGCCGGUCUUCUAGUCAUGAGUCUUUUGAGUCUAUGAGCUCAGUCCCCACCACCGUCAGCACCUCCCCUAUGCCUUCUCUAGUCAAGACGUCUGCCGCGAGCGGCCGCAAGGUCGAGAUCGGUGUCGACUACGACUACGUCUACGAGUCUGGUGAAGAGGACCUCUCCCCAGCGACCAACUGCUGCGCCCGCGCCUCGGUCGACACGUACGCCUCGACCACGGUGUCCGAGGAGGACCUUUCAAGCGAGUCGGACCACUCGGCCGAGUACGAGUACCAGGACAUCCCGCCUCUGCCGCUAUACCGUGGCGACAUUGUCGAGCCCAAUGUCCGGCCCUCGAACCCGCAAGACUUUGCCAAACUGUUCCCGAGCAUGAACCGCUUGUCGAUAAGGCACGACGAGUUCACGCCAGAUGGAAACAUGAACCUGCGGGUCGACACUGCCGUGCCCAGGAGACGGCAUACCGUGCAGCUCUUCCACCUGCGCAUGUACGACCUCGCCAAGCGCGAGUUCUCGCUGAGGCGGUACUGCAGGGAGUCGGGUCGAGAGGUGUGCAACUCGAAGAGAAAGUACGUCGAGCCCGCCUCCGAGAGCCGGCCCAACCUGCAGCGGUCCAUGAGCAGCGCCAUCAAGACGCUCGGCGGCAAGCCCGGCUUCAAGCGCACCAACUCGGGCGGCUCCGUGUUCUCCAACAACUCGCCAACCGGCACCAAGCGGCCCACAACCUCGCACUCGUCCAGCAGCGACGGAUUCGACGACUUCUCCUCGGAGCACCACUCUAUUGCCAGCGCCAACGAGAGGAAGUCGCGCCCGAUGCCGACCAACACAAUCAAGCUCGAAUUCAGCAACUACGCACGCGUCGACGUGACCCGCCGCGGUGGCAAGAACGCGAAACGGUACGAGUUUGAGUGGUGGGGCCACAGGUACUCGUGGAAGAGGGUCAUCGAGAAGCACACCGGGAUCGUCAGCUUCCACUUGCUGCGGGACGGGAAGGAGGGCGCCUCGAUCGCGCAUAUCGUGCCCGAGACCAGGUCACCGAACCAGAUUAGGACGGACGACGAGGCUGGCGGGUGGGUGCCCCCCUGCCACAUGUGGUUCACCGACGAGGCUGUCCUCAACGCCCGCACCGACGUUGCCGACGUUAUCAUCGCCACCGGUCUGAUGGCCCUGGUCGACGACUGCAUCAAGGAGAAGUGGCAGGUCAAGAAGAGCCACCGCAUCCCAGUGCCGCUGACCAACAAGUCCUACGACGUCGGCGCGCUCAUGCAGCACGUCUUCAGCCGUCGCAACUCGGCAGAGCAGCGCGGCGCAAGCCCUCUUCAGUAUGCCAAACCAAUCUCUGCCUGCUAG